GACACGUCGGAAGCGUGGCCAUUGUACGACUCUCGGUGCCGGAGGUCGUCCAAGCCAACACCUCAGCGGUCAUCCUGGACUGCGAGUACGGCGUCGACGACUGGGAGUACGCCGGCCUGGUCGUCAAGUGGUACGUGGACGGCGUGCACCUCGUGUACCAGUGGAUUCCGCCUCGCCUCCCACAGGCCCUCGGGGUGCUCAACGGCCGUGUCAACACCACGUACGAGGCCUCGAAGGACGCCUGGGCCAAGUACCGCGCCCUCUACAUCCCCAACCCGGACCCCAGCCUCUCCGGGCAGUACUCCUGCACCGUCAGUACCUUCGAGGACGAGGACACACGCUCAGCCAACCUCCUGGUUUGGGCUCCGGCUCGGUACGUGGACCUGAAGUACUGGCGGCCGUCGGAGCACCUCGUCAACAUCACCUGCUUCGCCACGGGAGCCGCGCCGAAACCCAUAUUCACAUUGUAUACGCGGGAUACAAAUGGAACGAGGAAAGAGGUGCCCGUCCGCGGAGUGACUGCCAGGCGAGAGAACGGGCUGUGGUGGGCGGGGGCGUGGGGACUCAUCGUGUGGGCUGAGACGGAACCCGACACUAUCAUCGGGUGUACAAUAAAACUCCCAGGAACCACCCACGGCGAGACACGGAAGAAGGUCUACCACCGAGAUCUGCCGAUCAUCACCACAACCACAACUACAACAGUUGCCACAACCACCACGAAGGCCAGUGAACCACCUAAGCGAUGGUCUAAUAUGUCCCAAAAUGUGCCUACCACAACCAACAGUUUCUUCGAUUUUCCAAGCCUGUUUGGUGCAGCCAAUGGAGAACUGAAGACGUUGCCAGCCUCCCUGUGUACCGUCAGCCUUACGUCCGUGUUGUCAGCGGUGUGGUGGUUGGUGGCUCUCCCUUGAAGAGGAGGCCUUGCAAUACAAAGAUAUAUCAAAAGACUAUGAUCUACUUCGUGUGUUUGUGUGCGUGUGAGUGAUGCUUGAAGAAAGCGUUUUCUGCAGCCUUGCUGGUUGGCAAAAGAAAGACCUCCUCCUGCUUCAUGUCUCAGACUCUAGGGAUGUAACCCACCGUAUUUCGGACACCCGAGGACGUGCCCAGCCAGUCUCGGAUCAGCGUGGGAUGAAAACCAUAAUGUUUCGGCAGCCUGGGGACGUGCCCCACCGAUGAGCUUUAACUUACUGUGACUAUUCGGGCCAAGUGUGAUUCCUACUGUUGUUGACACUGUUGCUGAUGUUGUAAAUUGUUCAUUUAUAUUGCUUUCCUCUCUUUAGAAAGCCCUCUGUUUUGUUUCGUAUGCCGGACCCUUUGAACAUCACUUGGAAAUGAUGAUCGAUUUUGUUCCGUCGUAUGGUUUGCGGAGAUGCAUUAUUAUUAGGAACCUUAUUGUUAUUAUUGUGUUAUAUUCAUUUUCAUUACCGUUAUUUUUACCGACUUGCCUCUUACUAUCACCAGCACAACUACAAGCAACAUUGAUGAUGUAGCUACAGUUACAUCAAUAAAUAAUAGAUAAGAUUAUUACAGCAUUGUUGGUGUAGCUACAGUUACAUCAAAGAUACAUAGAUAAGGUUAAUACACUAUAAAACAAAAUAGUUCACCAUUUCUGUCUUCACACUUCUCACUACGCAUACUCCUCCUUUUGCUGCCCUACUAUAUCUGCUACUGCUGUUGCUGCUACUGCUGCUUCCUAGUAUUCCUGCUACAGCUCCUACUUCCGUUACUAAUGAACUUGUCACUGUGCCUCUAACAGUCUCCAAUGGCAAACAUCUCUUCUGCUAUUUUCUACAAACAUGUAUCUCUCUCUGGUGUACUUUGUCUGAAGUCACUCCACCGUUUCAACUGUCACCACUGUCACAGUUAUUACUCCAGCAUCAUCACACUCCUACUACCAACAGAUCUUUUAUUUCUCUUGUUAUUACCACUUGUACUUACACUAUACUGUAACGAGCCCCGAUGUUUUGUCUACCACCUGUGACAACACUCUCUAUUGUACUGAUACUUCCAACACCACCUCAUUGUACCUACGUCAGUGUCUUUAUAAAUGAAGUUUUUAUUAAUGGGAAAUGUCUAACCUAAAUACGUGUUCUGUAUCUGUGUGAGAAUUGGAUCCUGUCCUGAAGUUUUACUCGCUUGGGUGAAGUUUGACUCAUUCACUACCUGAAGAAAAGUGUUCGUCUGUUCUUUGAUCGUAGACUACAGGAUGCCACUGUAAAACUUCAGCAUUUGGAGACGAAUUCUGAAACAAGCCCAUAUAUUUAUACAUAUAUGAGAGGAAAAAAAAGAAGGGGGGGAAUUGGCUGAAUGCUCACUUGGGCAAAGUGAUAAUUAGAUAUUGGAUAAAAUUGGUAUAAUAGAUUAAUACAUAAAUCAAAAACAGUUUUGUGCAUUUCUUUACCCUAAUUCUCUACCAACUGGAUAUAAUUUGUCGGACGUCGUUCUGAUACUAAAAGGAAGGCGAGUUCUCAAACAGCAUUGGCUACUUGACUAUAAAAAUGAGAAAAAUUAUUGGGCGGUUUCAGACUUCGAGACUGUUGGACUACAAGUGAAGUAAAAGUAGUUUUUCUAUGUCAAAGGGAACAAAUUUGUGUUUUAUUUUUAACAUGUAUUACAUCCAUCAUUCACGUUUGUACGAGACCCGUAUCAUGAUGAUGUGUUCUAGAAAUACAUAAAGAUCUUGAAUGAUAUCAAUAAAUCAGUGUUUGAUAUCUCUGUUGUUAGACAUUGUCAUCAAUAAACAUGCAUGCAUUCCUCUGAACAAUAUGAACAACGUUCCGCUGACCGCCUUUCAGAAAUCCCAUGUUUCGGAACGUUUAGAUUUGGUUAACGUUCAUGUUGUCUCCUAGAACAUGUAUAUUGUACUCAUGUGACUGUAAAUGUGACCUAAUGAAGUAAAAUAGAAACGUUUUCUGGUGGAAAAAAGAUCAGGUAAUAAUCAUCAGAGCCACUUGUCACUGGUGUUGUCCUGUGACGCUAAUGUCUUCUUGAGUGCUGGAA